CGGUUCCUCAGGCGUGAGUCGGGCUGUGUCGGGGACCAGACCCUCGGCUCCUCCCCACCCUCCAGCCCGCGCCCGCGCGACAAUCCUUGCCUUGUCUCGCCGUCUGCAUCUCGGGUUUUAGGUGGCCUCGGGUUACGCCUUUUUUCCAGGGCGGAGUCCGGAGCACAGCUCCUCCUCUCAGCGGGCUCGGCUUCCCUUUCCCAGAAUCUUCCUGGGGACUCGGAAUCUAGGCGCUAAGCUCAGCCCUGGUGCGGGCCUGGGUGUAGCCUAAGCGUGCUGCUAGCCAUGGCAGCGUCAGUCCCGGAACCCCGGCUUUUGCUCCUGCUCCUGCUGCUGCUGCCGCCGCUGCCCCCGGUAACUUCUGCCUCCGAUCGACCCCGGGGCGCCAAUCCUGUCAACCCUGACAAACUGCUGGUGAUCACCGUGGCUACAGCAGAGACAGAGGGGUACCGGCGUUUUCUGCAGUCUGCCGAGUUCUUUAACUACACUGUACGGACCCUGGGACUGGGACAGGAGUGGCGAGGGGGUGAUGUCGCCCGAACAGUCGGUGGAGGCCAGAAGGUCAGGUGGCUCAAGAAGGAAAUGGAGAAAUAUGCGAGUCAGGAGGACAUGAUCAUCAUGUUUGUGGACAGCUACGAUGUGAUUCUGGCGAGCAGCCCAACAGAGCUGCUGAAGAAGUUUGUUCAGAGUGGCAGUCAUCUGCUGUUCUCCGCUGAGAGCUUCUGCUGGCCUGACUGGGGGCUGGCAGAGCAGUACCCUGAGGUGGGCGUGGGGAAGCGCUUCCUCAACUCUGGUGGAUUCAUUGGCUUCGCUCCCACCAUCCAUCGGAUUGUCCGCCAGUGGAAGUACAAGGACGACGACGAUGAUCAGUUGUUCUAUACUCAACUCUACCUGGACCCAGGGCUGCGGGAGAAACUCAAACUUAGCCUGGACCAUAAAUCCCGGAUCUUCCAGAACCUCAAUGGAGCCUUAGAUGAAGUGGUCUUAAAGUUCGACCAGAACCGUGUGCGCAUCCGAAAUGUGGCCUACGACACGCUUCCUGUUGUGGUCCAUGGCAACGGUCCCACUAAGCUCCAGCUUAACUACCUGGGGAACUAUGUCCCCAAUGGCUGGACUCCCCAGGGAGGCUGUGGAUUCUGCAACUUGAACCGGAGGACACUCCCGGGGGGGCAGCCUCCCCCCCGGGUGCUUCUGGCCGUGUUUGUGGAGCAGCCCACUCCCUUCCUACCUCGGUUCCUGCAGCGCCUACUGCUCCUGGAUUACCCGCCGGACAGGAUCUCUCUUUUCCUUCACAACAACGAGGUGUACCACGAGCCUCACAUUGCAGAUGCCUGGCCACAGCUCCAGGACCACUUCUCAGCUGUAAAGCUAGUGGGGCCAGAGGAGGCCCUGAGCUCAGGGGAGGCCAGGGACAUGGCCAUGGAUAGCUGUCGGCAGAACCCCGAGUGUGAGUUCUACUUUAGCCUGGAUGCCGAUGCUGUCCUCACGAACCCGGAGACCUUGCGUAUCUUGAUUGAACAAAACAGGAAGGUAAUAGCUCCCAUGCUUUCUCGCCACGGCAAGCUCUGGUCCAACUUCUGGGGGGCCCUGAGCCCCGAUGAGUACUAUGCCCGCUCCGAAGACUACGUGGAAUUGGUGCAGCGGAAGCGAGUGGGCUUGUGGAAUGUACCCUACAUAUCCCAGGCAUAUGUGAUCCGAGGAGAGACCCUGAGGACAGAGCUCCCCGAAAAGGAAGUAUUCUCCAGCAGCGACACAGACCCAGAUAUGGCUUUCUGCAGGAGUGUCCGGGACAAGGGCAUCUUCCUGCACCUCAGCAAUCAGCACGAGUUUGGCCGGCUGCUGUCUACUUCCCACUAUGACACUGACCACUUACACCCGGACCUCUGGCAGAUCUUUGACAACCCUGUGGACUGGAGAGAACAGUACAUCCAUGAGAACUACAGCCGGGCCCUGGAUGGGGAGGGGCUGGUAGAACAGCCAUGCCCAGAUGUGUACUGGUUCCCACUGCUGACCGAGCAGAUGUGUGAUGAGCUGGUGGAGGAAAUGGAACACUAUGGCCAGUGGUCUGGAGGCCGGCAUGAGGACUCCAGGUUGGCUGGAGGGUAUGAGAAUGUUCCCACCGUGGACAUCCACAUGAAGCAGGUGGGGUACGAGGACCAGUGGCUUCAGCUGCUGAGGACAUAUGUGGGGCCCAUGACGGAGCACCUGUUUCCUGGCUACCACACCAAGACACGGGCAGUGAUGAACUUUGUGGUCCGCUACCGGCCAGAUGAGCAGCCCUCACUUCGGCCACACCAUGACUCGUCCACCUUCACGCUCAACGUUGCCCUCAAUCACAAGGGUGUAGAUUAUGAGGGAGGUGGCUGCCGCUUCCUGAGGUACGACUGCAGAGUCUCAUCCCCGAGGAAGGGCUGGGCUCUCCUGCACCCUGGUCGCCUCACACACUACCACGAGGGGCUGCCCACCACCAGGGGAACUCGAUACAUCAUGGUGUCCUUCGUUGACCCCUGACACUCAAUCAGUCUGCCAAACCUUCUCUGCCACUGUGCCUUGUUGGGCCACCUGGGUUGUCAUUCUCAUCUCCUGAGUGUGUCUAUGUGCCUGGGACAGAAUGUGCUGGCCCCAACAGCCCUCCCAGGAGGUCCCUAGAGUCUUCUAUUUUCCCAUUGACCCUUCUGAGGGUCCCCUGCCUGAUAAAUUAUUAAGCUUCCUCAGCCUCACUUUCAAUAAAAGGAUGUUUGUAACUGUUGAA